AUGUCACUCGUUCCAUUGCACCCCCAACACCGCCACACUCUACGACUCUUUCUCGUUCGGAUCAUUUUUGUUUGUUCUUCACCCUCUUUUCUUUUACGCUUUCAUCUCUCUUUGUACCUUUAUUUCAAAACUCGCUGUAGGUCAAGCUAUGUCGACCUCGUUCACUUCUCCACCAAUAAACUACACUUCUCGCACUCACUCACUCACUCACCAAUUCCGCUUUUCUCAUCUCUUUGGCAUCCAUUUUCUCUCUCCUUUUUCGUAUUGUUUGCUGAGUUCGAUCUACCAAACUAUCCGCCCACUCUUAUUCUAUCUCUGAUUCUUUCUUUCUUGUUGCUUUUGUUGAUAUUAUUCGUUCCCUCUCUCUCUCUUUCAUUCCCCCCACAUUUUCGCUCUUUGACGUCACAAAUUUGGCAUAAAUUAACCCAGAUACGCCAACCAAUCAGAGUUGAGAACGCGGUUGGAAACAGGCCAUUUGCGAAUGAGAAGCUGAGAAAUUCAUUCGCUUCAUCUUUUCUUCAUAUCUCUUCUCUUUUCUUAAAUAAUUCUUCAAUUCUUCCCGUGUUCUUUUCGUUUUUCUUUCUUUUUAUAAAUCUUUCAUCUUCUUUUCUAGUUUUCUAUCCAUCAUCCAUUCAUUCAUUCCUUCUUUCUUUCUUUCUUUCUUUCUUUCUUUCUUUCUUUCUUUCCUGGGGCCAUUUCUGCAUCACAUCAAUUCAACUUUGUCCUCUUUGA